AUGGCAGUUCAAGCAUACUAUCUUUGUUUGGUAUUAACAGUCCUCGCAGGGCUUGUAUACCAAUGUCUCCAGAUGGGUAAGAGGCCCAAAGGCAUGCCACCAGGCCCAAGAACACUGCCGAUAGUGGGAAAUCUGCAUCAACUUCCCAAAGAGAACGUCCACCUCAAAUUCAAGGAAUGGGCCGAUAAGUACGGAGAGAUCUACUCCGUCAUGCUCGGGAACCAGCGGAUGGUCGUGCUAAAUUCACCACGGGUGGUCAAAGAUCUCAUCGACCAACGCUCUAACAAUUACUCGUCGAGACCUGAAAUGUACGUGGGUCAGACGCUAAUUUCCGGCGGAUACCGGCUGGUCUUGAUGCAGUACGACGAAGGCUGGCGUCAGGCUCGGAAAAUGAUCCACAACCUUCUCAACAUCAAAACUGCUGUCGAAUACAUUCCAUACCAGGAGCUGGAACUUCGGCAGAUGUUGGCAGAUAUGGCCAGGCGGCCGAAUAACUACCACGAUCAUGUUCGUCGGUAUAGCACUUCACUCGUUACAAGUAUAACAUUCGGGUGGAGGAGUCUAGCGUUCAACGAUCCUGACGUGAAGCAAAUCUACGAGGGCUUUGAACAAUUUGCAUUGGCGUCCCAAAUUUCAGCUUCCAUGCUCGAUUACUUCCCAAUCUUACGGAAUAUCCCCGACAUUUUCAACCCUUCGAAGAAACGCGGGAAGGAGCUCCACAAGGAGGAAAUUGCUCUCUACAAGAGCUAUAUGCUCAAGGUCAAGCAGAGAAUGGCCAAGGGAAUUCAAACUAAGAACUUCUGCGAGGACAUGUUCAAACAGCAGGAAAAGAUCGGUUUUACCGACGACUGGGCCAGCUAUGUUACCCAGGAAGAAGUCGAUAUGGUAAUUGGCUCUGACCGUCUCCCCACUAUGGCAGAUGAGCCUGCUUUACAGUAUAUCCGGGGCGUGGUUAAAGAAUCAUUGCGCUUUUUGCCAUCGAGUAUUCUCGGUAUCGUACCUCAUGCUACUACCAACGCAGACACAUACGGCGAAUACACGUUCCCGGCUAAGACGGGCAUGAUGAUCAACGUCUGGGCCUUGAACAAUGACCCCACACGCUAUCCUGAACCCCGAAAGUUCGAUCCCGACCGGUAUAAGGACGACUUCCUCCGAGCCCAAGAAAGCGCCACACUCAACGAUCCUUAUAAACGAGAUCAUUUCACUUUUGGAGCAGGCCGACGUGUAUGUCCCGGACUAAAUAUCGCCGAGCGCUCAUUGUUUUUGGGCAUUGCAUAUAUGCUGUGGACAUUCACAUUCGAGCACGACAUCGACGAGAGUGGACAGAAAAUCCCUGUAAACACGGACGCCGUGACCCAAGGUAUCGUCUGCCGACCGCAGCCGUUCAAAUACCGUUUGAUAGAGAGAGAUCCGCAGCGGACGCAGCGAGUGCUUAAAGCGUGGGACAACGCGAAGGACCUACUGUCUCGUUACUCCGAAGGGAUCAGAAGUACGGAAUAUGCUAAGGAUUGGAAAGAGUUCAUCGAGAACGAAGUUUUUUAG